AUGGAUCAGGAAAAGCUUUCCAAUUUCUUGGAUUUUAUUACUUCAAGUCACAUCAUCAAGGAUCUGCCAUUUGGAGAAAGACAUCUGAAGUUAUCAUCAGGGGAAGUUAUGGAUGCACCUAAUAUAAUAAGAUGCAUGGGACCUGCAGCCAUUAUUCAACAGUACCAGGCAUAUUGUGAGGAGAAUGAGAUCGGUGUACUAGGUAGCAGCACAAUGUUUAGGAUACUUUCAGAAUGUUCAGCUACUGGCAGAAAGUCACUGGAGGGACUAGACUACUUUGUUGCUGAAGGAAGCAGGGGAUUUCAGUAUCUUCAAGAUAUUGUUGUGUCAGAAGGAUACCCAGAAACAUCAAAUGGGACUGAAUUGAACAGACUGUUGUUAGAAGCAAAACGAUAUAUGAAAACCGAUUACAAGGUUCAUGUGUCAGAGGAGAAUGAGGUAGCUGACCAUUGUAGAAAAUUUGCUUUAUCAAGUACAAAAGAGGAACACUUCAAGGAUAAAUGCAACCAUGAUCACAAUAAGGUUUGUGAAUCUUGUGAGCAGCUGAAGGAAUUAUUACAUGGAAUUUUGAAAGAGGUAGAAAUAGCUAAUUUUACAGAUCAACAGACAAAGGAUGAUAUUGUAUAUAGAGCUCAGCAAGCAGUAGAGAGCAUUUUCCUUUGGAAGAGUCAUAUCUUAAGAGCAAGAAACCAAGAAGCUGCAAAAUCAUUUCUUUUCAAUUCAAUGAAAGAAGAUGAAGUUUUUGUUGUAUUUGAUUGGGCCAUGAAGUAUCUACCUCGCAAAUACAGAGAAGAUCAACUUGAUUGGUUUGGAAAACGAGGUAUAUCAUGGCAUAUAUCUGUUUGCUUCCGAAGAAAUGCAGAAGAGUUACAAUCUUUGACCUUUGUUCACAUAUUCGAUUCACAGAUUUCACAGGACUCAAAAACAACAUCAGCAACAAUUUGUGAUGUUCUUAACAAUGUUUUAAAAAACAAUCCAGAGGUCAAAUCUGUACACCUAUGGUCAGAUAACGCUGCGUGUUAUAAAUGUGCUGAUACUAUAAUCAACAUCAACAACAACCAGCCUUCAAAGGGACAUAUUGUAUCAUAUAACUUCUGUGAAGCCCAAGAUGGGAAAGGGGCCUGUGAUAGAGCAGCUGCUACAUUCAAGAGUGGAAUUAAGAGAUAUGUUAACCAAGGGAAUGAUGUUGUGAAUGCUAAGCAGAUAAAAACAGUAAGUAUUCAGGAAUGA